AUGCUCCGUCCACCAUCUUUUGCUCCAUCUUCCUUCUUCUCCCUUUCCUCCGCCUUCACCUCCACGCCCCGAUUGACGCCCUCUCCUUCCAGGCUACUCCAGCGCCGCGCAAGCCCAUCUCCACACCAGCCCUCAUUCGCGUCUCCGCGCUACAGUCGCCGACGACUCUACUCUACCGAAGCAAAUCCUUCCGUUCACCCGCAAACCCCUCCUCCUCCCCCUCCACCGCGCUCGCGAUUGCGCCGCUUCGUGGGCUUCACCUCGAUCGCUGUCCUCGCCUUCUCUGCCGGUCUUCUCUACCAGACUCAGCGCACCGUCUCGCGACUCAUGGCGACCCCUCUUAUCUCCGACGCCGAGACCCUCACGGCCUUCACCCCUGAAGAUGCCCGGGCCGCAGAGGUCAAUGAGCAUCUCCGCACACAUCCCGAGGCGAACAGGCUGCGUGCAGACCCCGAUUUCGAGGAGUCACGCCCGCACCUGAGGUUCCCGGAGGCGAUACGCGCGCGCAGUUUGACGGCCGGCGCUCUUUCGGGCCCCAACAAGAUCGUGGUCCCACCGUUCGUCUUUUGCGAGAAGGAGGGCAAGAGCAUGGUCUCGCUCAUGUUCCUCGGCUCGGAUAUCUGCGGUCACCCGGGGAUCAUUCACGGCGGUAUGCUGGCUACGUUGUUGGAUGAGGGUUUCGCCCGAUGCUGCUUUGCCGCGCUGCCGAACAAGGUCGGCGUUACCGCCAAUCUGAACAUCGACUACCGCGCCCCGGCAAUGGCGAACUCCUACGUGGCGCUUCGGGCCAAGACUGUCAAGGUGGAGGGCCGCAAGGCCUGGGUUGAGGGUCGCAUUGAGACCCUCCCCGACGACGGAAAGGAGCCCGUUGUCCUGGUUGAGGCGAAGGCGCUCUUCAUCGAGCCCAAGCAGGCUGCUGCCCUGACCAGCCUGUACCGUGGCGUCACCGAAUGA